AUGACAGUCUUCAACAAUAAUGGUUGUGUGGUGUAUUACUGUCUGGGGACCCUCUGUCCGCGAGAAUUAAUGAAAGAUUUUGGAGAAAUAAACUCAAAGAUCUAUUCAGAAUCCUUCAUGGUUGAGGGACCAAUUUCGAUUUUGGAAGAAAGAAAGACAUAUAUGACAGAAAGUGAAACAGAGGAUUCUGUAUUCCUUUAUCAAGAUAUGGGCAUCAAGCACCGAAAGAGUCGAGACCAAGAGAAUCUGACCCUGACCAGGGAGGAGAGGCGCCGGAGACGGCGGGCCACACAGAAAUACCGGACCGCCCACGCCACGAGGGAGCGGGUCAGGGUGGAGGCUUUUAAUUACGCAUUUGCCGACCUUAGGAAAUUACUACCUACCUUACCACCAGAUAAGAAACUGUCUAAAAUAGAAAUUUUGCGAUUAGCAAUUUGUUAUAUAUCAUACCUUAAACAUGUUCUUGAAAUGGCGUAG